AUAUUGCAUAUAUUUCGCGUCAAGACGAGCAUAAUUCGCAGGUGAUUGAUUUUCAAUUAUUUCGAAAACAAUUCAAUUUCGAUAAUAUAAAUAAAAUUCUACUACAUAUUUCAAAAUGGUCACUGCUGAAGCGGAAAAAGUUGACAUCACCGAUAGUGAAAAGAAAAUCAUUGAUCAAAUCGAGUAUUAUUUUAGUGACAUUAAUCUGCGUCAUGAUAAAUUUAUGAAAUAUCAAUUGAGAGAAAAUGAUGGCUGGUUUCCAUUGGAUAAAUUGAUGACAUUCAAUAAGUUGAAAACAUUGUCUACUGAUAAAAAUGUCAUCAUAGAUGCAUUGAAAAAAUCAUCAAAUGGUCUAAUUGAAUUGAGUGAAUGUGAAACAAAAUUGCGUAGAAUUAAACCAUUACCAGAAUAUACACCUGAAUAUUUUAAACAAUUGAAUCUUCGUACACUACAUUUGAAAGGAUUUCCUAAAGAUUCUACAUUUGAACAAUUGAAAAUUUUUUGCAGCCAAUAUGGUGAAAUUGAUUCAAUCGAAAUGCGUAGACGUGAUGGUAAUUUUAAAGGCUGUAUUAUGGCUGUAUUUAAGAAUCAAGAAAUUGCCGAUAAAAUUCUUGCAACUGAUGGUCUUAAAUAUAAUGAUAUGGAAUUAUUGAAAGAGAAUAAGGAACGAUAUUUUGAGCGUAAAAAAAAUUUUCUCGAAUCAAUUCGUAAUAAAAAAAAGAAUAAAAAAUCUCAUGAAGAAGUAGCAAUCAAAACUGAAGGAGCAAUCAUGAAAAUUACUGAUUUGUCUGCCGAAACCAAAUAUAUUCAAAUUAAAACAGAAUUGACUAAACAUUCCAAAGUUGCAUUCGUAACGGCUAUUGGUGAAUCACGACAAUGUAUGGUUCGAUUUGAUGAAAAAAAUGGCGCAAUACAAGCAUUGAAAGCUUUGCGUGACCAAUCUACCAAAAAAGAUGAAGAUAAAACCAAUGAUGGCGAAAAAAAAGAUGGUGAUGAUGCUAAAGUUGAGGAUAAAAAAGAUGGUGAUGAUUCUAAAGUUGAAGAUAAAAAAGAUGGUGAUGAUGCUAAAGUUGAAGAUAAAAAAGAUGAUGACGAUGCUAAAGUUGAGGAUAAAAAAGAAGUUGGCAAUGAAAAGGAUUCCAAUGUUGAAGAGAAAAAUGUAAAGAAUGACGAUGAAGAUUUGACAAACGAAUUUAUCGUUAAACUUUGUGGACAAAAUGUCAAGGUUUCAUUAGUUAGCGGUGAAGAGGAGAAAAAGUAUUGGGUCGAUUUCAACCAAAGCCGACAACAAUCCAAUAUUGGACGAUCAAAAAAGAAUAAAUGGCAAAAAGGUAAAAAACGUCAUUUUGACAAUAAAGAUAACGACAAUGGCAAUCAAGAGCCAAAGAAAAAGUUGGCAAAAGUGGAAGGAUAAUAACUAAUCCACAACGUCCAUACAUCAUCAAAUCUUUUACCAGAAUAUUUUGUCAAUAAUUUGAAAAUUUAAAUGGCACGAAGUCCGAAGACUCUUGUACCGAUGAUGAAAUGAAAAAAUAAUUGCAUGAAAGAAUAUUUUGUCAACAGAAUUUCAAAUAAUUGUUUCUUUCACUAUAAUUUCAUUCUAUAUUUAGUAUAUAAUAUAACUGCAUUAUUAUUCUAAAAUAUUUGCAAAUAAAGACAAAAUACUUCAAGUUUUA